AUGGAUUUUGAUGCUGUAACCGCUCUAAUCAAAAGAGUAGAGGCUGCGGAGCAAGAACUUAUAGAGCCCAUAGUACAUUCAAUCUUGUAUGCUGGAGGAUCAAUGAUUGUGCCACUGGGUGAAACAAUUGAGUUGCUGUCUUACAAUCUACAUUUUCUGCAAGCCUUUUUGGUGGAAUGUAAGAUGAAAAUGAAUGACGGGGACACCAGGGCUCAGAGACUGUAUACAGAUGUCCAAGAUAAAGUUACUAGAAUGUAUGCAACGUACGAUUACUGUGGAAGGAAUGCUGCAGUUAAGCCUUGUGAACAUAUUCAUUAUGUCUUGAAAGAUAUAGUAAGAAAUAUUGAGAAAGUUAAAGAUAGGAUCCUGGAGGAGAAAGGAAGAGCUGUUUUAGAGGCUGAGGAACAGAACAUCAAAAUUUGGGAUACCUACCAAAAUGCUUUAAAGAUUGACAAUGAAGUGAUUGUAGGAUUUGAUAGUGAUAUAGAGAAGAUAGUUAACCGACUCUGUUAUUCAUACUUCAUGGGAUCAGUUUUCACCAUUUUGAAGAAUAGUAACAUUGACAAGUUUCGAAAAUAUGAGUUGACACUACAAGUUAUUCCACUCGUUGGGGAAGGAGGCAUUGGAAAAACUACAUUAGCCAAAAGAGUCUAUGGACAUCCAAUUACAAUUGCUAGCUUUCAAAUUCGAGCAUGGGUAGUUGUGUCUAAAGUUCAUAACCUCAAAGAGAUGCUCAUUGGUCUAUUACGUUGUAUUUCACCAAUCACUAGUGAAAUCUACAACAUGGAUGAGGCUCAGAUAGCUAAGAAAUUAAGAACAAGUUUGAUGGGCCAGAAGUAUUUAAUUUUCUUGGAUGAUAUAUGGACCACUGCUGCAUGGGAUGCCAUGCAAAGAUAUCUUCCAGAGAAUUUUAAUGGAAGUCGAAUCUUAGUAACUACUCGGUUCAGAGAGGUGCCUGAAUACUUAAGUACAAAUCCCUACCCAGUGAAGUAUCGAACUUUUCCGGAUCGUUGGGAAUUAUUUUCAAGGAAAGUGUUUGGGAAAAGUCGAUGUGUUCCCAAAAAAUAUGUGCAAAUUGGGGAACGCAUUGUUCACGGUUGUGGUGGAUUACCCCUAGUAGUUGUUUUAGUUUCCGGACUUUUGGCAGAAGAAAAAGGGUCUCUAGAAAUAUGGAGAGAUGUUGCCCAAACUUUGGAUGGAGUUGGUAGAUAUGAUAAUAACAAAAGAAUUUCAAAAAUAGUUUCAUUAAGCUACAAGUACUUACCAAGUCAUUUGAAGGAUUGCUUUCAAUAUUUUGGUGUGUUUCCAGAAGACAGUGACAUCCCUGUUAAGAAAUUAAUCAACUUAUGGGUUGCAGAGGAAUUUAUAAAGCCACAUAACAAUAUGAGUUUGGAAGAAAUGGGAGAGAGUUACUUGCAUGAUCUCAUUAAUAGAAGUCUAGUUCAAAAUACUGAGCUAAGUAUUGACGGCAAAGUUAAGUCAUGUAACAUUCAUGAUCGAGUGCACGAGGUUGGUAUACCCUUGUUUGGAAUUGUUAAGAGUAUUGGAUUUAUCAUUGGUUAA